ACAGUUCACAGUUGUGAAACACCUAAGCCAAGAUGAAGAUCAUACUAAUUUUUUUGUCUAUUGUCUCCGUAGUCUUUACUUGUCAAGAUACUGGCUGUCCUGAUGGACAAUCCUGUAAUCCAUAUACGGAUCAAUGUGUAGUUGAUCCACCACCUCCAGCAAGACCUGCUGCAUGGUUAGGAGAUGAACCAGACUUUUGCAACAGAAGCCCAGAUGAUUGCAAGCAUUUCAAUUUGGAAUACGACAUCUCACAUCCGAAAGGAGACGGCGAUUUCUGUGAGAAUGGAACAAAGAUCAGAUGUUUGAUUGGUGAAAAUAAACCAGAACUUGAGAAUAGUCCAGAUAAUGAAUUGAGAGUUAUUGCUUACAAUGUUUUUGAAAGAAGCUUCCAAAUCACGUGGGAUGGUCAAAGGGAAAGAACUUGCAGAUUGCCUUUCGAGCUUUUAGAUAAGAAUCGUGAUGUCGACGUUAUUACAUUCCAAGAGGUUUUUAUGGGUGGAUGCUUCGCCGAAAGUCUGAACAUUCGACAAAUCUUAACAUAUUAUGGCUUUCCAUACUUUACUGAUCUUCUUGAAAGUGAUGAUGUACCUUCCAAUGGAGGAAUUUUCAUUGCUUCGAAAUGGCCAAUCGUUGAACAAGAUAUGCAUAUUUAUAAUGCCUCCGAUGAAAAUACUUGGGACUGGUUUGCUGCUAAAGGUGUUAGCUAUGCCAAGAUAAAGAAAGGAGAUACCUUUUAUCAUGUAACCGGAACACACAUGCAAGCAGGUGGUUCAUCAGAUAUCAAGCCAAAACAAUGUCAAGAAACAGCAGAUUUCCUCAAAACUAAGUCUAUCCCUCAGUCAGAGCCAAUUGUAUACUCUGGAGAUUUUAACUUAAAUCAAUGGAGUUCAAAUACAGAAGCUCUGAAGCAAUGCGUUCAGUUCCUAGAUGCUGAGAUCCCACCCAACGAAGGACCUCUUAAUGCUACUUCGGACCCUAACACUAACGAUGUUUUAAAUUUGACAACAUCCAAUCCGAGACCAGGCAGUUGGCUUGAUUAUGUUAUGCCAAACAUUGCUCACAAACGGCCAACAAGCGCUGUUCAAAUUGUUCUUAAACCGAUUGGAACACCAGCAUUUCCAGUAUGUUGGUGUGAACAAUGUAUUUCAUUAGAUCCUGACUAUAUUUACCCAGAUGACGAAGAUUGCGAUAGAGUUGAAAGAAUUCAAGAUUUAUCUGAUCACUAUCCAGUUCUGGGCGUAUUUAAAUAUGAUUAA